UCCCCGUGCCCCCGCCCCGAGAGCGCCUGCCUGCUAUUUCUGGCGGACCAAGCGGAGCUCCGACCGGCCAGCUUCUACCCAGUCCCGGGGCCAAACUUCCAGCCCUUCCAGCUUCCCUCCAGGUAGACUAGAGAAGAGGAACCAUGCCGCCCAAGUUUGGGGCGAAAAAGCCCGAGGCUGCGAAGCCGGCGGCGGCAGCCAAACCCGAGGCGGCAGCUUCGGAGAAGCUGAAGGGCAAGAAGAUCAUCUUCAUCGUGGGGGGUCCUGGCUGCGGCAAGGGGACCCAGUGUGACAAGAUCGUGCAGAAGUACGGCUACACUCACCUGUCCACAGGUGAUCUGCUGAGGGACGAGGUCAAGUCAGGGUCAGCCCGGGGCAAGAAGCUGACCGAGAUCAUGGAGCAGGGCAAGCUGGUGCCGAUGGAAACCGUUCUGGAGCUGCUGAAGGACGCCAUGAUUGCCAGAGCGGACAAGUCGAACGGCUACCUGAUCGACGGCUACCCGAGGGAGGUCAAGCAGGGAACUGCGUUCGAGUCUACGAUCCGAGAGUGCAACACCGUCCUGUACUUCGAGUGCGCCGCCAAGACCAUGACGGAGCGCCUCCUGGGCCGCGCCAAGACCAGCGGCAGGGCGGACGACAACGAGGCGACCAUCAAGAAGCGGCUGGACACCUUCUACUCCGCUACCGAGCCCGUGGUCAAGUUCUACGAGGACAAGAAGAAGCUGAGGAGGAUUAACGCUGAACGUGAUGUAGAAGCCAUCUUUGCUGACGUUGUGGCCGCCCUCGACCCAGCAGCCGCAAAACUGAAGGAUAAGAAGGUCAUCUUCAUCGUGGGGGGUCCUGGCUGCGGCAAGGGAACCCAGUGUGACAAGAUCGUCCAGAAGUACGGCUACACUCACCUGUCCACAGGUGAUCUGCUGAGGGACGAGGUCAACUCAGGAUCGGAAAGGGGCCAAAAACUGACCAACAUCAUGGUGCAGGGCAAGCUGGUGCCCAUGGAAACCGUGCUAGAGCUGGUUAAGGACGCCAUGGUCGCCCGAGCGGACAAGUCCAACGGCUUCCUGAUCGACGGAUACCCGAGGGAAGUCAGGCAGGGAACCGAGUUCGAGUCCAAGAUCAGAGAAUGUGACAAAGUCCUGUACUUCGAGUGCGCCGCCCAGACCAUGACGGAGCGCCUCCUGGGCCGCGCCAAGACCAGCGGCAGGGCAGACGACAACGAAGAGACCAUAAAGAAGCGUCUGGACACCUUCUACUCCGCUACUGAACCUGUAGUUCAGUUCUACCAGGACAAGGGCAAGCUGUGUAGGAUCAACGCAGAGCGCUCUGUUGACGCCAUCUUUGCUGACGUGGUGUCCGCACUGGGAGCUCCACCUGUAUCUGCAGCCACCAAGCUGAAGGGCAAGAAGAUCAUCUUCGUCGUGGGGGGUCCUGGCUGCGGCAAGGGAACCCAGUGUGACAAGAUCGUACAGAAGUACGGCUACACUCACCUGUCCACAGGUGAUCUGCUGAGGGACGAGGUCAAGUCAGGGUCAGCCCGGGGCAAGAAGCUGACCGAGAUCAUGGAGCAGGGCAAGCUGGUGCCGAUGGAAACCGUUCUGGAGCUGCUGAAGGACGCCAUGGUCGCCCGAGCGGACAAGUCCAACGGCUAUCUCAUCGACGGCUACCCGAGGGAGGUCAAGCAGGGAACCGAGUUCGAGUCUACGAUCCGAGAGUGCGACACCGUCCUGUACUUCGAGUGCGCCGCCAAGACCAUGACGGAGCGCCUCCUGGGCCGCGCCAAGACCAGCGGCAGGGCGGACGACAACGAGGCGACCAUCAAGAAGCGGCUGGACACUUUUUACACCGCCACCGAGCCUUUGGUCAAGUACUACGGGGACAAGAAGAAGCUGAACAGGAUCAACGCUGAGCGUACCGUUGACGUCAUCUUCCAAGACGUCGUCAAGGCUCUUGGCGCCCCUCCAGCCUCACCUGGACAGGAGAAGCUGCAGGGCAAGAGGGUGAUCUUCGUGGUCGGCGGUCCCGGCUGCGGUAAGGGAACCCAGUGUGACAAGAUUGUAGCCAAGUACGGCUACACUCACCUGUCCACAGGUGAUCUGCUGAGGGACGAGGUCAAGUCAGGGUCAGCCCGGGGCAAGAAGCUGACCGAGAUCAUGGAGCAGGGCAAGCUGGUGCCGAUGGAAACCGUUCUGGAGCUGCUGAAGGACGCCAUGAUUGCCCGCGCGGACAAGUCGAAGGGCUUCCUGAUCGACGGCUACCCGAGGGAGAUCAGGCAGGGAACCGAGUUCGAGUCUAACAUCCGGCCAUGUGACAUCGUCCUGUACUUCGAGUGUUCCGCUCAGACCAUGACGGAGCGCCUCCUGGGCCGCGCCAAGACCAGCGGCAGGGCAGACGACAACGAGGCGACCAUCAAGAAGCGUCUGGACACCUUCUACUCCGUCACGGAGCCCCUGGUGGCGCACUACGAAAAGCAAGGGAAGCUCAGGAGGAUCAACGCCCAGCGCGAGGUGACCGCCAUAUUCGCUGAUGUCGUCGCCGCUAUCACUGCGAUGGAGGCCGCACCAGCCAAGGCACCGUGGGGCUGGAUGCACGAGGGUCUGCCAGACAUCGGCAACGCGCAGGGCUCCACGAUCCAUGUUCCCCGGCCCACCCCCACCGAACCCACCGCCUCCACCUUCGUCAUCAACGUGCUGAAGGACCUGUCCACCAGGACAAUGGCCACUCAGCACUGGUCGAAGACGCGCGCCUCCACCCUGGAGGAGAUCGACGUGGAGACGUACCGGUCCAAGCGCCGCUGGAGGUCGCUGCUGCACAGCCAGCGCCAGGAGCAGGUGGACGAGCCGCUGUACCAGAAGAUCGACGUGAACAGCCUGCUGGGAGACUGUCAGCCUGACGCCGAGACACAGGACUGCUUCAUCAAACUCGUGCCCAGGAUUAUCGCUUUCCUAGAGUCCUCCCUGCCGUUCGAUGUAACGAAGGUUCUGGUUGGUGGGUCUUACGGAUACGACACUCUGGUCAAGAGUCGGAACGAUGUGGAUCUCUACGUCUUCAGCAAAGAGCUCCCGAAGGCUGGUCACGUGAUGUGGUUGCCGUCAGCGAUGAAGGCAGUGGAGGCUCUCAUCCGGGACUGCAACAAAGGCCAGAUCCCAGAGUGCACCGACUUCAACACCACCAAGUACUUCGUGCGGUUCACGUGCCAGGGGAUCGAGUUCACGGUGUACCUGACCCACGACUGGGAGUCUGAGCGCGCCGGCGGGUACACCAGGCUGUACGACGAGAGCAUGCGGCAGCGCAACUCCGAGAACAGGAGAAUGUACUCCUGGGCUGCCGCCAGACGGCAACGUCAGUUCAUCCUGGAUCAGGAAGAAGAUGUUCGGGAUGUGAUUAAGGUGGUGAAACACUGGCGUAACGGUGUGGACUGGGCGGACAGCUCCCGCCGCCCCAGCUCCUACCUCCUGUCCCUGCUGGUGGUCAAGGCCUACCAGAACGCGCAGGUCAUCAAGGGGGUCAACAUCCGGCCGCCGCCUAUUGAUGAGGAGGGCUUCUUCAUGAGAGACCCGGACCCAGUGGUGCCUGAGAACCCGCUCGAGUUCCCCACCAUGGCCGAGACACUGUCCGCUUUCAUCGCGCUCGUUAAGGACCUGGACCGCGCCAUGACAAGGCUAUCCUGGAACAAAUUCUACGAACCGCCCAGCUUCCGGAUCGAACACAUGACGACACUUCCCGUGGUGCAGGACCCCGCCAACCCGGCCAUCAACGUUGCUGAGUUCCUGGGCACCUGGGCGUCCUUCCACACAGAGACCAUGCUAUGGGCCCAGAAACUGGGGCUGUAAAAAAUACUGAAACAACCAAACGUUAACGGACUGUUUCGUUUCAAAUACUGUCCCAGGAUGCGUAGUUUGCCCAGAUGAGAUGCUAGCAGACUCGGUAGCAAAAAAUAGAAAACGAUCUACAUUCUGGCUACAACUUGAUUGGAAAAUAGGUUUGUGGUAGCUUAGACAACGAAGUGAAGUACACAACAAAGAAAUUACUAGCUAGGAUACUCGCGUAUUGUUUGUGUUGGUAACUAAGAUAGCCCUCAUCACAUUUGUUUUUAGAAAAAAAAAUCAUGUAAAGCAGAGGAUGAACCAGGGGGAAUUAUGUGUAAACCUUCUAAAAAAAUGUCCUUAAAAUAUCUGUGUGCAAAGCCCAUGUUUGCUGCGUGUUUCAAUAUAUUUGCUUUCAUUUACACGACCUACUGGCUACGUUGUGAUAUAACGAUGUACAAAAAAUGGCUAUCUUUUGAGUUUUAGAUGAUGGUGCAUGUGAGGUUGGGGAGGAUGGACUUGAUGAGAUGUUGCGAAAGGGGGUCAGGAUGGAGUUGAAUUGAUGGAGAAACAUGAAAAGUAUGGAAUAAAGUCAGGUACAGACGAAAGUUAGUGAGGCAAUGUGAAAUCCUUUGAGAAAGCUAACAGACAAGCAUAUUUCGUAAGAAGAUGUACUUCAGCUAUCUUCAUUUCAGUAAUAAAUGAAGCAACGUACAUUCACAGUAAUGGGUUAUGGCAUGAAUGCACGGGUACAGCUCAGAUACCCUAAGAGCGAGAAAUACCUUCAGCAUUAUGUAGGUACAACAAGAGUAUUUUGAGAUGUGCUACCUUGGUGGCCAGCCAUCCCCUAAACAUGUGGCCCGAAAAUACCUUGGAUUCCUCACAACAUUCUCUAGUACAGAAAGUAAUAGGAAUCCACAUGGUACCAUCAGAAACACUUUCGAGCAUUGUUUUCUCAAGAAAGUGGAAAAAAGUCAAAUGUUACCUGUACCAUUACAGAUUUCAACCCUGCUAUACUCAAGCAGAUAUAUUGCCUUGGUUUGUUUAUGUGUGAUGGUCACUCAUACUAAAUCUUUUAUUCAAAAAUAAAGGAUGGCUUCACUUGUCAAAAUA